CCUGCGCUCCCCUACCCAUCGUGGGGGCACCCCAGGGCAGUGGAGUAGAGGGGUGUCCGCGCGGGCUGCUCCCCAGCGCUGUCCCAGGCCGGCGCAGCCCCUCCUCGCCUAGCUCCCUUCUGGAAGGAUGGGCUCUUCCCAGUCCAUGUCGGAGGAGGUCCGGGAACUCGUGGGCAAGACUGGUUUCUCUUCAGACCAAAUCGAACAGCUUCAUCGAAGAUUCAAGCAGCUGAGUGGGAACCAGCCGACCAUCCGCAAAGAAAACUUUAACAAUAUCCCUGACCUGGAGCUCAACCCGAUCAGAUCCAAAAUCAUCCGUGCCUUCUUUGACAACAGGAACCUCCGCAAAGCACCCAGUGGCUUGGCUGAUGAGAUUAACUUUGAGGAUUUCCUGACCAUAAUGUCUUACUUCAGACCCAUUGAGACCAACGUGGGUGAGGAGCAGCUGGAGCACUGCAGGAAGGAAAAGCUAAGAUUUCUCUUUCACAUGUACGACUCUGACAGCGAUGGACGGAUCACCUUGGAAGAAUAUCGAAAUGUGGUAGAGGAACUGCUUUCCGGAAACCCCCACAUUGAAAAGGAGUCAGCCAGAUCUAUUGCUGAUGGAGCCAUGAUGGAGGCUGCCAGUGUCUGUGUGGGACAAAUGCAACCGGAUCAAGUGUACGAGGGAAUCACCUUUGAUGACUUUCUAAAGAUCUGGCAGGGGAUAGACAUAGAGACCAAGAUGCACGUCCGCUUCCUCAAUAUGGAGACCAUUGCCCUUUGCCACUGACCUCUGCCUGCCUCCUCUGCAAAGGGCGAAGAUGCCGAUGGUGCCCUGGAGCAGCUCAUCAAGGCUGCUGGUACCAAAUGAAUGUGGUUUUUUUUGCUACUGACGUGUCUACGAUCAACUUGCUAAUGUGCUUCUAUUGUUUUCCUGUACAGAAUGGAUGGUGUGUGAGACUUGACUGACUUUUUAUCUCUAAUAAAUUAGGUUUUGUUAAUGAA